UACUGAGUACAAGUGAUUAUUAUCACAAUUGAGGAAGAAAAGACAUGGCUGCGUAGUGAAAAGCCCAAAGCCGACACUGAGUUUGUGCCUAGUAUAUCAGCUGAGAACUGUGGCUCUGGUCCUUCAGUGCAGUUUCGUAUUCGGAAUGGAUCAAUACUUGGUCGUGGUGCGCAUUUUUAUACGUUUUCGUAAGAGGAAUCAUUGAAAUCCUUUAGUGCUUUGCCUUAGUGAAUUUGUGGUUUUCCGUGUUCAAAAGUACUCACCGAGGAACAAAACAUAUCUUAAAUGGAAAAUAUAGGCUGAAAUUGCUUCUGUAAAUUUCGUGAAACUUCAGUGUGAAGUGAAUAUUUUUAUUAAGUGCAUUACUAAAUCCGAGCGAGGUUCCAUUGAUACAAACCCGGGAAGUUAUUUUUAAACGCUGCAAUUGCGUAAGUUGCCACUGAAGGGACUCAGUUCAUCGCUCGCUGCUCCACUACCUCACGCUAGAAAGCAUAAAAUCAAAUCCAAAAUGUCGUCUUUAGUGGAGAAAUCGGAAACGCCAAUCCGAAAACCAACACUCGAGAAGCGAAAUUUCUUCCUCAGAUCCAGUUCCAUACAGAAAAUCAAAUGCUCAGCUACUUAUCCAUUCCGAAUUGCCGGUUCCAAAUUGUCCAGAGAAGCGAUCAAACAGCUGCUGGAAUCGUUAAUCGUCAAGGCUAGGUUGGUUUCACAGAAAGCUUUAAUAAUCAUCUAUAUUGCUACGCUCAGGGUUAUUGGUGCCAUUUCACCCCUUUCCUCAAGUAUACUAGCUUAUGACGAUGUCUGUGAUAAACUGAAGGAGACAGGAAAACAGCUAACAUUCAUUGAAAGGCUAUUGUUCCAUUUAAUCAAAUUGCACAUCCACAAAGUAGAACAUCAAAGGAAACAAGGAGAGGAAAGCGAGAAAGUUAUUGCACCAGCAGUUGGUUCUAAAAUUGAACAAACUCCAGAAGCUACGCCUGUUCCGGAGUCAAAUAUUAAUAAAAGACUUCUGCUAUCUGAAAGGACUGAACCCAAGAAACGGAAUCUCAUGUUCAUUGGAUUAGUUUUCACUAGCGCCACCUUGAUUUACGUCCAAUUUUUGGCACUAGUCUUCGUUCUAAAUACAGCUCCAACACCUCCUGGUCUGAUAUUUAUGGUUGCCGGUCUAUCUUUUAUCGGCUAUUUAGCAUUUAAAGUAUUUUGCACGAAUACACGAGCUUCCGUGCAGGCAAGCCUGACUAAGAAAGAAGCUAGCAAAACGGAGGAGAAUAAAGACUUAAACAACUCGACCAGGCAGAGUCGAUUCAGAAUCAGGGGGACUAUUGACUUCGGCGGAAAAACGCUGAGCAAAAUCAAAAUACUCUAGAGAUAUCCUAAAUAGUAGAGAACAAAGUACAAGACUAGUAGAGCAUUUAUAUUUAGUUUACUUCAUUUGAAAUAGCUUUGAACUUCGUGUGAACCGUGAAUAUUAUUUUGUGAUCCUGGUUCCGAACCCAAUUCCAUGGACCUCGAAAAAUACAUUGAUGAUUGAAAUAUAUCCAUUGAAACUUUUAUAAUUUGCCUUAUGUUCCCAGCUAGAGUAUGUUCUACUUCCCUUUUUCUUCCCAUUUAGAUAUGUAAAUGAAGCAUAACUGAUUAACAUGUACCUUCUUUAUAAACAUUUUUCUCUUAGAUAGCGUUAUGAGAAUUUCCUUGUUUUUGAAGGAAAAGUCUUCAUGUGAUGAGAUACUUGUGAGAACUUUUGUACUACUUUUAUAUGCGUUAAAAUAUAUCAUACAUGAGAAAGCAA